AAUAUGCGUGAAUGUAUAUCUAUACACGGAGGCCAGGCGGGCGUACAAAUCGGUAACGCCUGCUGGGAAUUGUACUGCCUGGAGCAUGGCAUCCAGCCCGACGGCCAGAUGCCCUCGGACAAAACUGUCGGCGGAGGUGACGACUCCUUUAACACAUUCUUCAGCGAAACUGGCGCCGGCAAGCACGUGCCCAGAGCGGUAUUCAUCGACCUCGAGCCCACCGUGGUGGACGAGGUGCGCACGGGGACUUACCGCCAGCUGUUCCACCCCGAGCAGCUGAUCACGGGGAAAGAAGACGCUGCCAAUAACUACGCCCGAGGGCACUACACUAUUGGAAAGGAGAUUGUAGACUUAGUGCUUGAUAGAGUACGAAAAUUAGCCGACCAAUGCACAGGUCUUCAGGGAUUUCUUAUUUUCCACUCUUUUGGAGGCGGCACCGGGUCAGGCUUCGCGUCCUUGCUCAUGGAGCGCCUUUCCGUAGACUAUGGCAAGAAAUCUAAACUAGAAUUUGCAAUCUACCCCGCUCCACAGAUCUCGACAGCUGUCGUAGAACCAUACAAUUCCAUUCUGACGACGCACACUACACUGGAGCACUCUGAUGCAGCGUUCAUGGUGGAUAACGAAGCUAUAUACGACAUUUGCAGAAGGAACCUGGACAUUGAAAGACCCACAUACACUAAUCUUAAUCGUCUGAUUGGGCAAAUUGUGUCAUCUAUUACCGCCUCCUUGAGAUUUGACGGCGCUUUGAACGUCGACUUGACAGAGUUUCAAACAAACUUGGUCCCGUAUCCACGUAUUCAUUUUCCCCUUGUUACGUACGCACCAGUCAUUUCUGCUGAAAAAGCUUAUCAUGAGCAACUGUCUGUGGCAGAGAUUACCAACGCCUGCUUCGAGCCCGCCAACCAAAUGGUGAAAUGCGAUCCAAGACACGGCAAGUACAUGGCGUGUUGCAUGCUGUACCGCGGGGAUGUAGUGCCUAAGGAUGUCAAUGCUGCUAUCGGAACCAUCAAAACUAAGAGGACCAUUCAGUUUGUGGACUGGUGCCCGACUGGUUUCAAGGUGGGGAUCAACUAUCAGCCACCAACCGUGGUGCCCGGCGGGGACUUGGCCAAGGUGCAGCGGGCUGUUUGUAUGUUAUCGAACACGACCGCCAUCGCAGAGGCGUGGUCGCGACUCAACCACAAGUUUGAUCUCAUGUAUGCUAAGCGAGCGUUCGUCCACUGGUACGUCGGUGAGGGUAUGGAAGAGGGAGAGUUCUCAGAGGCUCGCGAGGAUCUUGCCGCGCUGGAGAAGGAUUACGAGGAGGUCGGCAUGGACUCCGGUGAAGGCGAAGGAGAAGGCGGCGAAGAGUAUUAA